ACGAGAGCAGUGAUUCCCAGGCUUUCUCAGCAACGUACCCUGUCUCCUGACAUACUUACCACCGAAGGGGAAUUUUCCUUUUUACAAGCAGAAAAUUUUGGUGGCGAGUUAUCCAACAACAAAAGGCCUUCUGGCUAUUAAGAUAGACAAGAAGAAGGGAGGCAAAUUCCAGCCUUUUAAGAAGUUGUUUGGCAAAAGGAACAAGAAAGACGCUCCGUCGUCCCGGGAGAAGUCAGUGGGGAGGAAGAGUGACUCUCACCAGAGUGUCAGCAAUGGGACUUUCUCUUCGGAUGAGGAGACGCUGGAGGACAGUCUAAGGUCCUUCAACUAUUCUAUGGGAACCCGGGCGUUUUCUCAUGACAGUAUUUUUAUCCCUGAUGGGGGAGCAGAAAGUGAGCAGACAGUUCAAGCAAUGUCACAGGACAACAUCCUGGGCAAAGUCAAAACUCUUCAGCAACAGUUGGGCAAGAAUAUCAAGUUUGGGCAGCGGCUGCCCAACGCCAUUCCCAUGAAGAAGGCAGGCAGUGGAGAGGCCAGCUUAGAAGAGGAUCUGUUCCCGACCAGUCCCAUGGAAAUUGUGACUCAGCAGGACAUCGUCCUCUCAGACACUGAGAACAAAUCCAGUGACACGCCAAGUUCUCUGAGUCCUCUGAAUCUCCCUGCAGCUGGAAGUGAGAUGGAAGAGAAGGUUGCUCCAGUUAAACCGUCUCGGCCAAAAAGGCACUUCUCUUCUGCUGGCACCAUCGAAAGUGUCAACCUAGAUGCCAUCCCCCUGGCCAUCGCUCGCCUGGACAACAGUGCUGCCAAGCACAAACUGGCCGUUAAGCCAAAAAACCAGAGGGUGUCAAAGAAGCACAGGCGGCUUGCCCGGGACCGACAAAAUGAGCAAGGUGGCCUUGAGAGUCAGCCCUCCCUGGACCAGAACGGACACCUGGGAGAAGACAAGCAAAUGCGGCAUGAGGAGGAACCAGAGCCCCUGGAUUCCGAAGAAGAGAGAAGACGCCAAGAAGACUAUUGGCGAGAGCUGGAGGCCAAGUGCAAACGGCAAAAGGCGGAAGCAGCCGAGAAGAGACGCCUGCAGGAGCAGAGGCUGCAGGCGCUGGAGAGGCGGCUUUGGGAGGAGAACAGGAGGCAAGAGCUCUUGGAGGAGGAGGGCGAGGAAGAGGAGGGCGAGGGGGAGGAGCUGCAGCUAGAGGCGGAAACGGGGCAGCGGCGGAGCCUGGAAGCGCAAGGUCGGCCGGAGCCGGAGCGGAGGGCGCGCGAGGAGCGCGAGCGCCUGGAGGCCGAGGCCCAGCGGCUGGAGGAGAAGCUGCGGCAGCGCCAGCGGGAGGAGGAGGAGGACAGAAAACGCGCUGAGGAGCUGCGAAGGCAGCAGGAGGAAGAGGAGAGAAAACGCGCCGAGGAGCUCCGAAGGCAGGAGGAAGAGGAGAGAAAACGGGCCGAGGAGCUCCGAAGGCAGGAGGAAGAGGAGAGAAAACGGGCCGAGGAGCUCCGAAGGCAGGAGGAAGAGGAGAGAAAACGGGCCGAGGAGCUCCGAAGGCAGGAGGAAGAGAGAAAACGGGCCGAGGAGCUCCGAAGGCAGGAGGAAGAGGAGAGAAAACGGCUCGAGCUGGAGGACAGAAGGGGCCCGCGGAGCCCGCUUCAGACUGACCUUGAGGAGACGCCGGAAGACCAAGAAAACGCAAAAGCCAAAAGGCAAAGAGAAAUCCCCGGGGAGCAGAGCCCAGAGGCCGAGCCCGCAGGAGCGCGGCAGGGACAGAGCGCGGAGUUUCCCGGGGACGAGCGGCCCGCGCUUGAGGAGGAGAGAGGAGCAGCGAAAACAGACGCUCCCCAGAGAGGCGAGGGCCGGGUGGGCGACACGCCGCCGCCGGUGGAGAAGAAAGAAGCCGCCGCUCCAGAAAAAGCCCGCAAGGUGGAGGAGCUCAGGUGGCAGGAAGUGGACGAGAGGCAGACCAUGCCCAGGCCCUACACGUUCCAGGUGUCCUCGGGCGGGAAGCAGAUUCUCUUCCCCAAAGUCAAUCUGAGCCCCGUGACGCCCGCGAAGGACGCGGGACUUGUCUCCGCUCCCCGGGAGCCGAAGGCCGCCACGGCCGGCGCGGCCCCCCACGCCCUGCCCUCGUCCCUGAGCAUUCCCCACACGGCCAUUCUGGUCACGGGAGCGCAGCUCUGCGGCCCGGCCGUCAGCCUCAGCCAGAUCAAGGACGUGGCGUGCAAGUCCCUCCUGGGCUUGUCGGAAGAAAGGAAGCACGUGGACGUCCCCGCCGUGGAGCACCCACCCCGCACGCCCGGCGACGCCCGCGCGGGCGGCGGGAAGGCCAGGCCUCCGCCGGAGUGUGCCAGCGGCGCGGCCGCGCUGGCCGAGUGGGCCUCCAUUCGGUCCCGGAUCCUGAGGAACGCGGAGAGUGACGCGCGCGGCGACGAGCCCGCCCCCAGGGGCCGCUGUGAUUCCCGCGGGAGCCUCCGGAAGACGCCGCCGGCCAAUGCGAAGUUCUCUAUUGUGCCUGCCUGGCAGAAGUUCUCCGAGCCGGGCACGGAAGCUGAAAGCAUUAGGAAAAGACCCACAGCGGGACCCGGCGAAGAGACCGCGCCCCCGCCGCCGCCCGCCGGUGCCCCUGAGCUCCGCGAGAGUCCCGAGAAGCUGGAGGUGCACCAGGAGCCGGCAGACACCACAGACGGAUGCAAAUUUGCCAAAGACCUUCCAUCUUUCCUUGUUCCAAGCCCUCCUUACCCUCCGCAGAAGGCAGUGGCCCAGGCACAGUCCCCGACCACUGCGGACGGCGAGACCACCCAUGACAUAGCAAAGCCAGACCCCGGGAUGCCAGGGGGGGAGGAAAAGGCCUCACCUUUCGGAAUAAAGUUGAGAAGGACCAACUACUCCUUGCGCUUCCACUGCGACCAACAGGCAGAACAAAAGAAAAAGAAGAGGCACAGCAGCACGGGAGACAGUGUGGAGGGGGGCCCGCCUGCAGGGGGGAGCUCCCAGGGAGAGACAGAGACAGACGGCGGGGCCAUCAGGCGCGGCCCGUCCCUUCCCCAAGAGAGGAAGCAGGCCCCAGCCACGCGGAGGGACCCUGCUGAAAGCCCCUCUCCUCCCGCAGCCCAGCCCAGAGCCCCACCCGCCAGCAGCCAGACCCCCGCUCCAGAGCACGACAAGGCAGCGAACAAAAUGCCCUUGGCACAGAAGCCAGCCCUGGCUCCCAAGCCCGCCAGCCAGACCCCACCGCCAUCCCCACUCUCCAAACUGAGCAGGCCCUACUUGGUGGAGCUGCUGGCUCGCCGAGCGGGGAAGCCCAACCUGGAGCCCAGCGAGCCGGCCAAGGAAGGCCAGCAGAGCAGUGAUCCCCAGCCGCCGUCGCCCUCAGCCCCCGAGGAAAGGAAGGGACAGAAGAAAGAUGAGGAGGAAGAGGUGACAGAGAGGAAACCUGCUUCCCCACCUCUGUCUGCUGCUGAGCAAGAGAAGCCUUCCCAGACACCUGAGGCUGGGAGGAAAGAGAAGCCGUUGCUUCAGAGCAGGCACUCUUUGGAUGGCUCCAGACUUACGGAGAAAGUGGAAACUGCACAGCCCCUGUGGAUCACGUUAGCGCUGCAAAAGCAAAAGGGGUUUCGGGAGCAGCAAGCAACUCGGGAGGAGAGGAAGCAGGCCAGAGAGGCCAAACACACAGAAAAGCUCUCCAAAGAAAAUGUCAGUGGCAGCCUGCAGCCUGCGAGCGGCAGUGGCAGCCGAGCAGGUUCCCUGCAGAAGCCCACCGCUCCGCCAGAAGAGAGGAAGCCUGAGACUGCAGCGUCCAGGCUCGAGCGCAGAGAACAGCUGAAAAAGGCCAACACUCUUCCGACGUCUGUGACAGUGGAGAUCUCCGACUCGGCUCCCCCGUCACCGCUGGUGAAGGAAGUCACCAAGAGGUUCUCCACCCCAGACGCUGCCCCCGUGUCAACAGAACCAGCCUGGCUGGCUUUGGCCAAAAGGAAAGCGAAGGCCUGGAGCGACUGUCCGCAGAUCAUCAAGUAAAGAGCGACUCUUGCCCUUUCCUGUCGCCGGUUAUUGGCUCCUCUCUUGCCCUUUUUAUUUAUUUAUUUUUUAUAUGAGGUAAAGAAACCAAGCUAGGGAAAAGAAGCAUGUUUUACGGGCUCUAAAAUAACGUUAAGAAACGGAACCGGUGGCGUUCAUUGUAAAGAGUGUUUGCACAACCCUCGGUGCUGGUGCCUUGAGCUCCUCCUCGUUCUCAAGAGAAGAUUCCGUCCAAGGGACCCCAGGAAGCAAAAUCUCUAAACUAAGAUCUCCUCGUGAGCCUGCCGUGCCCAUUCCGUGGCCCUUCCACGUACACACCCACGUACCGUUCAGAACACAUACUUUUGCCAGUCUUUGUAAUGGUUUUUUGAUUCUCUAAU